GCAUGGGUGGUCAGGGCCAGGGACAGAGGGGUGGGGAUCUACAGUGGGCCUGGGACCAGGAGGCAGGUCUGUGUGGAGGAGUGAGGUCCUAGGUGGGUCUAGGGCCUGCGGGGGACGGGCCUGAAGUCUGGCACCGCCCUUUCAGCGCGGGUCUUGGUUUGGUUCCCCUCCGCCUAGCGUCAUGGGCAGCCUCUUCGGGCGCGCGGCGCUGCGGGGGUUACGCUGCGACCGGCGGGCCCCAGCCCUGAGCCUGCUGGUGCGCACCUGCUGGGGAGGGCCCUCUUGGACCAGAGAGCGGACCUUGGUGGCAGUGAAGCCAGAUGGAGUGCAGCGGCGGCUGGUUGGGGAUGUAAUCCAGCGAUUUGAGAGGCGAGGCUUCAAGCUGGUGGGGAUGAAGAUGCUGCAGGCACCAGAGAGAAUUCUUGCUGAGCACUACCAGGACCUGAGGAGAAAGCCUUUCUACCCAGCUCUCAUCAGCUACAUGAGCUCUGGGCCUGUAGUGGCCAUGGUCUGGGAAGGGUACAAUGUGGUUCGUGCCUCGAGGGCCAUGAUAGGACAUACUGACUCAGCAGAAGCUGCCCCCGGGACUAUCCGGGGAGACUUUAGCAUCCACAUCAGCAGGAACAUCAUUCACGCCAGUGACUCCAUUGAGGGGGCCCAGAGAGAGAUCCAGCUGUGGUUCCAGAGCAGUGAGUUGGUGAACUGGGCAGACGGGGACCAGCAAAGCAACAUCUACCCAGCUUGAGGGCUCAGGCUGCCCUUGGCCACCCCACUGCCCAACCGGAACCAACUACCUCGGUCAACAUGAAAUCAAGCCCAUGCCCUUAUCUGUCUCUCCCAAAUCACUUUCCUGUUCACCUGCUGCACCCCAGCCUGGAGGACUUUGAGCCACCUAUUUUAUGUGCCUUUCUGUUCAUAACCAGCAUAAGACUGGACCAAGUCCUUUCUGUACCAAAGUGCAAGACAACCUUUGGGGUGUCUUCAAAAUUGGACAGUGUAACCUUUUCUCUCCUAAAGGGGAGAUAUUAAAAUUCACUAUGCUGAA